CUCCGCCUCGCAUCGUUGUUAAAACAGUGAAAGAUCUAUGGACAACAGCCUGCAAUUUAAAGGGAUUCACAAAUUUGCUGAUACUAGAAACGAGCGUGACGGAGACCCUGAAAAAUAAACAGAGAAAACAAAUAUUGUAGCUCUCCGACGGAAAAUAAAAUUGCAUUUAUCUAUAUUCCUGUUUUUAAAUCGUACUGUUAAUCAUUCGUAAAGAGUAUAUUUCAUUAAAAAAUGCUCACGUUUCGAGUGUUUUUCAGAUGAAGAUGACUUUUUGUAUGGAUAAAUAUCACGCUUAUUCGAACAUUUAAGGACACGGAAGGAAAUAAAGAAUGAAAACAAAGUAACCAACAGGUGUUGAGGAAAACAAUAGCCGUUCUCGUGAUCAGCAGUGUGGAUAAUGGUGCCCCUGGGGCAUCACUGUGGAAACGGAGGCCUCUACCAAGCCACAUAGGACAGAGACUGCAGAAGCUUCUCGCUUGUGCUCACGGUCAUCUAACGAAAACAUUACCCUUUCAUAAGUCGCUUAAGCUAAUAGAGCCUGCCAAAUGCCUAAACUGAAAAAUGUAAAUCCCCAACGUAAAAGUAAUAAACACACAUUGCUCACCAAUUCAACUCAUCUAGGGAGUGAUAGAUACUAAGAUGCCAUGGUCUGACACAAAGGCUGUGUCCCAAUAUGAAGUCAGGUGCUUUCGAAGACAGCAUUUUAAGGCUGCAUUUUCACAGUCUUCACUAGUUUUCACACUUGUCCUUCACAGGCAUGUCUCAAAACAAAGUCAUCAAAAAAUAUGUCCUUCUAAGGUGCCUUAUUUUGGUUACAUUUUAAGGCAAUAUCUUAUGCAUCCUUCAGAUGGAAGGCUAUCCCAUAGGUCUUUGCGAUUUCCUCAGACUUCUCACUUCCGGUAAAUGAAUGGCAGCUCCAACCAGCAAAGCAAUGGAAAUGUGAAUAUACUCAAUAAUUUGUUGUAGUCACAACUAAAAGUACAUUUUAAUUAUUUAAUACAAAUGGAAUAAUGUAUAUAAUGUUUUUAAGCUUCAGUCAGCUUUCUCUGAACUACCUUGCUAGUAAUCACGGUACUUUCCAAUAGAACAACGAUGCUAGCGUUAACUUAGCUUACAUACAGUGAACAUACUGAAAUCAAGACAAUCUGGUUUUUUUUUUUAAAUAGCUGAACUAGUGGCUAGUUAGCUCAAUGUAAAUCUAAUUUUGUUUUCCCAUAAAUAAAGAAUCAGGAAUGUUAAGAGUGGCUACAAUGACAGAAUCCGUAUUUAUUUGCGUUGGAAAGAAAAUUUAUCUGUCAGUUGGAAAGUAAAAGCCAUCAGCUGUAAUUACAUAAACAUAAUUUUAACUUCAAAGUGCGUCCCACAAAUGUGUUGCUUUUUGAGGUUCCUUCACUGUCAGGAUACUGCCUUCAGAGGGAUCUCACUUCUAAGGAUGCAGGCAGCAAGGCAGUUACUUUUGUAUUGGGACACAGCCAUAGUUUCUCCCACUUUGGUCUACAGCACAUUUAGCAGGAACUAUUUUUGUCACUUCUUCACAGCCCAGCCUUAUUCUACCAUUUUUUGUAACUUUGCUCGUGUUUGACAAUUCAGAGAUUCUAAUUGUGUUUUGACUGAUAACUCACUGACCUCCUUCCUCCAUGUUCUUCCCUCUUCCUUUCUUUUUUCUCCUAUUUGCUUUCCUUCAACGUCUCCUUCCUCUUCUCUUACCCCUGCUUGACUCCAUGUUUCCACAGCAGUCAAUGGCUCGAUGCAAUGGGAGAAUCCUGUGCAUAUGCCUCCUGCCCUGUGUGAUGGUGGGGCACCUUCUGGUCUAUAUUUUGGUGUCCAUCUGCAUCACCAUGUCCUACUCCCCACCUUCACUCCCCAUUCGUUUCAUCGCCCCUGGGGUCUCUUCCAACUCUGGGGAGCUGGCAGCUCACCCGAUGAACCCAUUCUGGAACCUCAGACUACAGAAAGGUGCCCUGUGGAACCAGCUACAACAUCGCUUGGACCGGCAGCACAACCCUAUAUUGAGGGGGAACAGGACGUGGAGCAAGCAGGCAAGCACUGAAGGAGGGUGGGCACAGGAGGGUGGUUCCCAGGAGGCCUCCCCUCCGUGUAGCCCAGACCAGAGCUGGGCUCCUCUCCUGAAGGACUUCAACAACCUUCCGGAACAGAUGCGGGAUUUCAUCCUGUCCAUGCACUGCACAGAGUACCCAAUUUUGACAGACCAGCCUGCAGUCUGUGGCGGGGAACUCCAGGCCGCAGAGGCUCCCAUGUUGCUACUGGCCAUUAAAUCCGAGACAGGGAAUUUUGAAAACAGGCAGGCCAUUCGGCAGACAUGGGGGCGGAAUGGUUGGAUGGAGGGUGAGACUGGGGGCAGGGGAGGGAUAGUACGAACAGUCUUCCUUCUAGGCAAACAGGACCCGUCCAUGGGCCUCUACGCAGACCUGGAGAAACUUUUAGAAAUUGAAAAGAGUCAACACAGGGACAUCCUGCAAUGGGACUUCAGGGACACCUUCUAUAACCUGACCCUAAAAGAUGUACUGUUCUUGCGCUGGUUCUCGCACCGCUGUCCCCACGCUCACUUUGUCUUCAAGGGUGACGAUGAUGUGUUUCUGCGUACGCGUGCUCUCCUUGACUUUCUGCACCAACACAAGGAAGAGAUUGAAGACGCGGGACAGAACCAAAAGAAAGCCAUCAAGGAUUUUCUAAUGGGAGAAGUGAUUGCUAAUGCUGUACCAAAUCGGCAGUCCUCCACUAAGUACUACAUCCCUGAGAGCUUCUACAAGGGAGCCUACCCACCGUAUGCGGGGGGAGGAGGAGUGGUGUACUCUGGGGCCCUGGCAUUGCGUCUGGGAGAAGUUUCCAAGAGAGUGCACCUGUUCCCCAUUGACGACGUCUACCUGGGCAUGUGCCUUCAUCGCCUUGGAGUCUCUCCCACUCAUCACCCUGGGUUUCUGACCUUUGACCUCCCAGGAACGGACAAGGAGAGCCCAUGCUCGUAUCACUCCGUCAUUCUGGUUCACAGGCGGAGCCCCAAAGAGAUGCUCAGACUGUGGUCCAUGCUGCAAACACCACCUCCAGCCUGUUAAAAACAGCGCCCAGGCUGUGAAGGCUUGGGACUUCAGAACAGUGGCAGUGAAAAGAAGAAGCAUGUACAGUACAGUGGCACUAGAAAAGGCCUGGAGGGUAAAAGAUACAUGGGCUGCCAAUCAGUUGAGGCAUAUCAAGGCAGCAGUGGACAAGAGAUUCUGCCUCAGUCACACAAAUGUGCACCCACGUGCACAUUCAUGUGCAGGCGCACACACACGCACACACACACAAACAAACAUAAGUGCUUACCUUGGGUAUCUCAAAGGAGGCACACAGAUAGCAAUGGACUACAGACUCAGCCUCUGUCAUAUACAUACACACACACAUGCACGUAAAUGCUUACCUCACGGUGUUUCAAUGUCCAUUUGCCAGUUUUCCUAGUUAUGGCAUAUUCCUAGGCUCUACCUAAACAUUGUUCACAGGAUCAUUUAUUUAUUUUUUUAAGUGUCUUUAGGUGACAUCUGGGAAUUAUAUUGGUAUUUAGUGCUAAUUUUGUAUCUAAUUUAUGAAUGAUCCAUCUUGCCUGGCUGGACCAAUUAGAGGUCUGUCUUUACUGGACAUUUUGAAAUGAAAUCAGCGCUCUGAAACUGCAGCUACAUUGUAAUGCAUUUGUAAGCUUUUUGGCAGACUGCCCUGAAAUUUUCCAUAAAUCCAAACAUUUCAAACAUAAACAGAAACUGUUUCUGUUUUUAAACGGUAGAAUGGUAACACUCUCCAAAUUGUUUCACGAUUGACUGGACAACAAAUCAGUUCAUAAAUAAAAAAAUUAGAUUUUCAUUUCCAUAUCAUAGAAUGGACCUCUGUGGACUUAAACAGUGAUUUAUAAUUAAUGAAUUGACAUUUUAUAUGAGUUUGCUAUGUCCAUUGUAGUUUGUGUACUGUAUGUUACAACCAUUAAUUGCCUUGGGCCUUUUAGUGACAUUUUAAUGGCUUGUCCAUUCGGCUACUGUAUGCAUCAAUGUGGCAGUGUAUGCAUUUCUGUUGCAUUUACAUUACAUCCAGAUCCACUUCAUCCCAGCCCAAGUCAGGCCUCUACAAGCUCACUUUCUGAUAUAGAGCUCUCACUAUCCUAAGCAGGCUGAGCAGUAAUAGAUUUUUUACUUUACAAAAUUAGAAAUAAAAAUGUUUCAAUUCACAAAUUUUACCCACAAAUAAACAGAGCAAUAUCUGGCCAUGCUUAUUAAUUUGCAUUAGUGCAAGAAGCAUUAUAAAACAAUGGAAAGGUCUUCAAAAUGGCAAACAGCUAACUACCAUUUGGUGACAGUGAGUAAAGCAUGAGCUAUUCUACGGAUGUGCUGGUAUGAGGUUUGCAAAUAGGAAAUUGAUAUGGAGAUGCGUAGUGCAGUUAAAUGCUCUAUUAAGAUUGAAACCAUUAAACCCGAGACCCUAGGCAAUUAUGAAUGAACAUGUCUCAAACUACACUCAAAUGCUAAUUAUGGGUGAUUUAACUCAAUUGAAAUGAGUCAAUUAAUUAGUUAUAUUCAUUGUUUCAUAAUUCUUCUACAAUAAAUGCAAACCACCCAUUAGACGUGUAGACAAAACAAUUUAGAGGACCUUCAGUCCUUCAGUUUUUCUGUAUCAGAUCUUCUUUGAGACCAGUCAUUGUCAUAAUUUUUUAUUCCCAGUCGUAAUCACCAGUUGUGCUUCUUGUGUCAUCAUUUGCAGCCUGCAUCUGCACAUUGCUCUCAGCCUGCAUACCAAGGUCAGUUUCAUACAGUGCGAUAGUCUUCCAAAUGAGCUGUCACACCUAAAUAAGUGGAUUGUCUGCAUGCAUGACAAAAUUGAAAUUUGCAUAUGUCUCGCACGUCACGCUGUAUGAACUGCAAUCUAGGGUACAAGUGAAAGCCAGGUGCCCUUGCUGGAAUGGAACCAUGGUAUGCUAAUGCAAAUAACCAUUUAAAGUGGUUCAGAUCCAUACAUAUUGCAGGUGGAAUACCCUUGAACAUAGGCAGUGGGGAAACAUUAUUACACUUGCUUGUGCUACAAUGGUUGAGGUCCAACAUUCCCAUGGGUUUCCUCUUUGGAAUUAAUAUACUGUCACAGGAAAUGAGCAUGUAGUGUAACUGAUUUAGGUACAGUUACCUCUGACUGAACUGGACAUACAGUCUAGAAAAAGAUAAUAUUGCAUAAAAUAAACAAUGGAGGUAAUUAUCUCUACUGUUGAGAUGAGCAGCAUGAGGUUUUAUAAUUCCUGCAUAAUGCGUGAAGCUACAACAUGCUGCCAGUCCUAUACUUGUUUAAACUGAUCAAUAAGCUUUGGAUUCCACAGAAAAACACAGUUAUUGUUUCAAAUCAGUCAUCGAUCACCUAUUAGAAAUUCUUUUUUACUAAUACACUUUCUCAGAGAACAUUUUCUAACACAUUUACCAACUAUUUGUAUUAUUGUAACAGGAGUGAAAGGUGUACUAAUCCCAUUUUUAAGAGGGUUGUGAGGGAGUCGAUGGACACUUCUGACUGAGAACCAAAACCAGUACUAUAACCUUAGAGCAGAGCCAGGCCAUUUAAAAAAAUAUGGUUACUGAGACUAAUAUUGAGAUGCUAUGCACCACACUGUGUAUGCGUAUUUAACAGUGCAUAUGACCAGAACUAUGGCCAAAUGCAUUUUCAAGACCACAAAGAUAUGGUCUUGUGGCCAAGAAGACCACAGUUGCAUUCAAACCAUCUCUUUUCCCUGUUAUGAUGUCAGCAUGGCAAAGAUGCUAUUUUCAUGGUUUCUUUAACCUGGCCAUUUGGAAGCAAGUUUUGAUAAAUUUGUUGUGCCUUUAAACAUUGUAUGUGUAAACACACACAUACAAAAUUUCAGUCAGAACAUAAUUAUUUUAAUAUGUCUUAUCUGUGACUGCAGUGGCCUUUUUAUUUUUACAUAUGGUGAUAGAGGGUGGGUUUAAUGAUCACAACAUUUUGCUCAUAGAAAAAUGAAACUAAUAACUGAAGUUGUGAUAACACAGCCCUUGCCUAUGUUGUGCCUAUGUUCAUUUUGACUGCUGUUCUGUACUUGCAUGCACAUUUGCCUCAUCAAAAAUGUGUUGAUUAAAAUGUUAAAUUCA